AUGUUCUCCCAGCUGGAGAAGAGUCUUCUGGCGGCGAUGGCAGAGACAAUGUGCAUCCAAGGACUCUAUGCCUCUCGCGUGGUUCAAUAUUUUGCUGACGAUACGCCUUUGUACUACCUGCAGGCUGGGGAGAUUGAUCCUUCAACGAAGAAGCCUAAGGAGAGAGAAGAAGAGGAAGACAAGAAAGCCAAAAGCGGAGAAUCUCACGGGGAAGACCAGCCACUAACUGAUAGCUGCCACAACCCUCCAUUUGUCUCGAUAUCUAUCCUGACUGUAGUAGAUUCUGAAAAGGCAUCCGAUGGGAAGACCGACGGUGAAUCCCCUGCGAAGGACCACGGCCCAGAGUUACAAGCCAGCAAAGCAGAGCCAGGGCGAAAGCCAAAGUUUAGAAAGGUAAACAAGCCGAAUAAGGUCAAGCGCCUCGAGAUUGCCUCAACGAUGCUGGCUCUGGAUGAGACAUCUCUUGCGAAGGAGUGUACCAGGCUUCGGCUUCCAGUCGACUGGCUCGCAAUACCAAAAGAUAAAAACGAGGCCGGGGGAAUUGCGGAUUUGCGAAAGGAAAGAGGCCCCAGAGUAACCGACCCACACGCGAACUCGGGUCGUCCAGAGUAUCACAAUGCAUCGAGUAUGAAAACAUUGCCAUUAGAAGGGAUGGGCGUCUGGAAAUUCACGGUUUGUAUGGCCACUGAGCGGGAGAGGGGUAUGGCGAAGCUACCUGAAAAUGCCCAUACAGACUUGUCAUUCUCCUCUUCGCCAAGCACUAUUGCGGUCGAAUCUCGUGGUGUAUCUAGCAUGGGGUCCAACUCUGUCCUUUUUAGAGUCGAUCAACAAGCCGUCGAUGAUGCAUUAGCUCUUUCAACCCUCCCGAAGAGGGAUGACUACCUCCGAUUUCAGCUUUCACCAUCCAAAGGGAAAGCAUUGAGCUGCUCCCCGUCACCGGAGAAGAAGCCUGCCCAGGGACCGAGCACUGAGUCCAACAUCAAGCGUCCGAUGCUCGACCAUCACCGCAAGCUCAUAGGAGAUUCUUUAAUGCUAAGCGGUCCCGAUGAGCCACAUGAACAAGCCAUGGACAAAGUACGCAAAGUAGAAGAGCAACUUCGACUGUGCUAUGAGAGGUGGGUCCGCCUUAACACCCUGUGGCAAUUCCAGAAUACGAUUCCCGUGCAAGGGUCCAAGAAUUGGGUCUACAACGUUGAAUGUAAACUGCUCAAAGAGAUUGAAGCAGAGGAUGACAAGCACAGACUCGGGAACCUAUUCUCGAAGCGAGAAGGCGCAAUGUCUGGAUGGGACCUCGUUCUUGCUUGGAUACGCCCAACGCGAUUGCACCCCCACCAUCCAGAGGAGCUGAGGUCGGAGAUGACCGUUGAGCAGCAGAAUGCUCAUGGUGUCUGUACGAUUUUCCGCACGAGUCAAAUGGAGGUCACAUCGAACCUGAAUAUGACGCAUCCAAGGGUGAUGCUCCUCUUCGAUACGAUUCCCAAACCAGAUUUCCUGGCUCGAUCCAAGACACUCAUCGCUCGAAUGGGGCGCGCUGCUCCUCCACUGGUGGUCGGGGAGAACAAGUCUGCCGGAAAGAAAUCUGGUGAAAGCGGGUCUAGGAAGAGCAACUCUGCUGAGGAUGAAGGUGUAGCCCAACUUGCACUAGCAGCAUUCCCGGCCAUAAUAUGGCUAAUUCUUCACCUCACGAUAUUCAACGAUCCGGAACACCCCGUUUUGCCAUGGAUGUUCAUCACUGGCUUCAUCCAGACUCCCCUCGGGUUGACUUUUUAUUCAUUUCAUCCAAAGUACAUCCAUUCGGAGAAACGUUGGACGGACACGGACGAACUGCGUGUCCAAGUUCUUCCUUGGUUCUCUCGUAUGGAGAGCCAUUCGAGAUUUCUGGAGCGCCAGUUUCACCUCUUGCUUGAUCAUAUCGGCAUUUCUGGGACGUCGCUGGCCCACAAGUUUAUCGCUCUGGGCUUUCUCGAAGCAGGGGAUGUGAAGUUCUUUGAUGAGAAUUAUCCACACCUGUUCUCGGAUUAG